AUGUCAGAAAAGGGGCAAGUAAGGGCAAUCUCAUCCAUCCGGUCAGUCAACCAUGUGCUUGACACAGCAGAUCACGAAAUUGAUUUACAAGCUAUCCAAUCCCAAGCCAUCUCAGUUGGCGAUGUCGGCACUUCUUUCACCGAGUUCCAAAAGCGGUUGAUCUUGAAAAGAAUGAAUUUACACACAAUUGUUGAUCUUGGACACUUGCCACCUGUUGCUGUGUUCAUGAUUGAGAAAAUUGCUGGCAUGACAGUGGAGCAAUCAAUCAAGAUUGUAAAAGAGGCAAUCGUUGAUCAUGACGAAGACGUCAAUAUCCCCACCUCCGAGUUUGAUUUUUGGGAAGAAUUGGCUAAACCAAGCGAAGAACACGUCAGUGAGGAAGGUUCAUCAAGCUCCACCACUUCGAUAAACAAGACGCAAAGUGACAAGGAAAAGUGGGCGGAAAAGCAAAAAGUUUCCGAAGCCACCAGCGUUGGACAACUGGAUGAAGAGGACCAAGACUUUGAUUGCUUUAAGAUUGUCGACUUCAACCUUCAAAUUAGAUUGGAAGCAGCUUUGAUUGCAUACUAUUCACCUUACCCAGAAGUUAGAGCAGUUACUGACCCCUUUGAUGACUCCUCCAUCCCUUGUGAAACGUUUCGUGUGUACUUGCUUGGUAUCAUCUGGACCUGUAUCGGAACCUUUAUCAACCAAUUUUUUGCUGAAAGACAACCUUCCAUCAGCUUGUCAUCAACUGUUGUUCAAUUGUUUUUGUAUCCUUCAGGUAAAAUCCUCGAAAGAACCUUUCCCAAAAAGAGCAUCAAGCUUGCAAAAUGGCACAUUGCUCUAAACCCCGGCCCAUGGAACCACAAGGAGCAAAUGUUGACAACAAUCUUUUACAGUGUGUCCGCUGGGUUUUCGUACGUUAGUUACAACCUCCACGCGCAAAAAGUUGAACGGUUCUAUAACAACCAAUGGGUUGAUUUUGGGUACCAAGUGUUGCUCACCAUGGCCACAAACUACCUUGGUAUUGGUUUUGCAGGACUUUUGAGAAGAUUCGCAAUCUACCCCCACAAAGCAAUCUGGCCAACAAUUUUACCCACCAUUGCCUUGAACAAAGCGUUGGUGCAAGCCGAAACUAAGGAAAACAUUCAUGGAUGGACCUUAUCACGUUACAGAUGGUUCUUUUUGGUAUUUGCAUUCUCAUUUUGCUACAACUGGAUCCCAACCUAUUUUUUCAAUGCCUUGUCUUACUUCAACUGGCCAACUUGGAUCGCACCAACCAACACCACAUUGGUUGCCAUUACAGGAACUGCCUCUGGUUUGGGUCUCAACCCGUGGCCAACAUUUGACUGGAACAUAUUGAACUUUAAUGGAUGUUUGAUAUACCCCUUUUAUGCCCAGGUUAACCAAUACAUUGGUACCUUGUUUGGAUUCGUGGUUAUCGCAGCGUUAUGGUUCACCAACUACAAGUGGACAGGAUACAUUCCAAUCAACUCGGCAUCCUUGUGGGACCGUUUUGGAUCCAUCUACUCAGUGGAAAACAUUGUCAAUGACGAUACCUUGUUUGAUCAAACAAAAUACAAUGAAGUUGGACCUCCAUACUACUCGGCAGCCAAUUUGGUUGUCUAUGGUGCUUUCAUUGCAAUCUACCCAUUUUCAAUAGUGUAUGAAGUGUUUAUGAACAGGAAGCCAAUCUGGUCAGCAAUGAAGGGCUUAACUCGUGGAUUCAAAAACUUCAGAGGCUCCGUGUACGAAGGUUUCAAUGAUCCACACACUGUCAUGAUGAAAAAGUACAAGGAGGUUCCCGACUGGGUAUUUGCUAUUGUGUUGGUAAUUUCGAUUGUAUUGGCAAUCAUUUGUGUUCAAAUCUAUCCAGCACAAACACCUGUGUGGGGUAUCUUCUUUGCUGUUGGUAUCAACUUUGUUUUCCUUAUCCCAUUAACGGCAAUCUACUCCACUACUGGUUUCUCAUUUGGGUUGAAUGUGUUGGUGCAAUUGAUUGUGGGGUUUGCGUUACCAGGUAAUGGGUUGGCUUUGAUGUUUAUUAAAGCAUUUGGUUACAACAUCAAUGGUCAAGCACAAAAUUACAUUUCCGACCAAAAAAUGGGUCACUAUCUCAAAAUACCACCAAGAGCCGUUUUCAGAACGCAAAUGUUUUCCAUUUUGAUUUCUUCUUUCCUUGGUUUGGCCGUGCUCAAUUUCCAAAUCGACAACAUUGCCAACUACUGUGCCCCCAACAACACACAAAAGUUUACAUGCCCCGGUGCCACAGUGUUUUAUAACGCCUCCAUCUUGUGGGGUGUCAUUGGUCCCAAGAAGGUGUUUAGUGGGUUGUACCCCAUGUUGCAGUGGUGCUUCUUGAUUGGGUUUGUGUUGGCAUUGCCUUGCAUUGCAUUCAAAAAGUAUGGUCCUAAAAAGUAUACCAAGUACUUUCAACCAACAUUGAUGGUUGGUGGAUUCAUCUUCUAUGCUCCAUACAACUUGUCCUUCUACACCGGUGGACUAUACAUGUCGAUUGCAUUCAUGUGGUAUUUGAAAAGUAGGUACUUGGCAUGGUGGCAAAAGUACAAUUUUGUCUUGUCGGGAGCCAUGGAUGCCGGGGUUGCAUUUAGUGCCAUCAUUAUAUUCUUUGCGGUGCAGUACAACGAUAGGUCGUUGAAUUGGUGGGGAAAUACUGUGAUGUGGAACGGCAUCGAAGGAAUGGGAGGCCAAGGACGAUUGGAUGCGGCUAAUGCCCCAGACGGUUACUUUGGAUUGAGACCAAACCAAUGGCCAUGA